CUCCGUGCAAACUGCCGGCGGGGCGGCGGGAAAGGGGCAAAACGGGAGUCGGGAAAGGGAAGGAGCCAGAAAGCCGCGCAGGAGGGCGCGCGCGCGCGCCCCUUUUUCAGCAGUGUGGCGGGGUCGCACGCACGCCCGCCUCGGCGGCUGGGCGCGAUUUGCGACACUGGGGGGAGCGGUGGAGGUGGCGGCGGCAGUGGCAACUUUGCGGCAAGCUCCGGCCGGGCUUGCUUGACGGCGGUGUGGCGGAGGCCCCGCCCGAGGCGGCAGGAACCUGGGGGGAGGCGGAGGAAUAUGUCCGAGAGGGAAGUGUCGACAGCGCCGGCGGGAACAGACAUGCCUGCGGCCAAGAAGCAGAAGCUGAGCAGCGACGAGAACAGCAACCCGGACCUCUCUGGAGACGAAAAUGAUGAUGCCAUCAGUAUAGAAAGUGGUACAAACACUGAACGCCCUGAUACACCCACAAAUACACCAAAUGCACCUGGAAGGAAAAGUUGGGGAAAAGGAAAAUGGAAAUCAAAGAAAUGCAAAUAUUCUUUCAAAUGUGUAAAUAGUCUCAAGGAAGAUCAUAAUCAACCAUUGUUUGGAGUUCAGUUUAACUGGCACAGUAAAGAAGGAGAUCCUUUAGUGUUCGCAACUGUGGGAAGCAACAGAGUUACCUUAUAUGAAUGUCACUCACAAGGAGAAAUCCGGUUGUUGCAAUCUUAUGUGGAUGCUGAUGCUGAUGAAAACUUUUACACUUGUGCGUGGACCUAUGAUAGCAAUACAAGCCAUCCUCUUUUAGCUGUUGCUGGAUCUAGAGGCAUAAUUAGGAUAAUUAAUCCCAUAACAAUGCAGUGUAUAAAGCAUUAUGUUGGCCAUGGCAAUGCUAUCAAUGAGCUGAAAUUCCACCCAAGAGAUCCAAAUCUUCUCCUAUCAGUAAGUAAAGAUCAUGCUUUACGAUUAUGGAAUAUCCAGACGGACACUCUUGUGGCAAUAUUUGGUGGCGUAGAAGGGCACAGAGAUGAAGUUCUAAGUGCUGAUUAUGAUCUUUUGGGUGAAAAAAUAAUGUCCUGUGGUAUGGAUCACUCUCUUAAACUUUGGAGGAUCAAUUCAAAGAGAAUGAUGAAUGCAAUUAAAGAAUCUUAUGAUUAUAAUCCAAAUAAAACUAACAGGCCAUUUAUUUCGCAGAAAAUCCACUUCCCUGACUUUUCUACCAGAGACAUACACAGGAAUUAUGUUGAUUGUGUGCGAUGGUUAGGUGAUUUGAUACUUUCCAAGUCUUGUGAAAAUGCCAUUGUAUGCUGGAAACCUGGCAAAAUGGAAGAUGAUAUAGAUAAAAUUAAACCUAGUGAGUCUAAUGUGACUAUUCUUGGGCGAUUUGAUUACAGCCAGUGUGACAUUUGGUACAUGAGGUUUUCUAUGGAUUUCUGGCAAAAGAUGCUUGCAUUGGGCAAUCAGGUUGGCAAACUUUAUGUUUGGGACUUAGAAGUAGAAGAUCCUCAUAAAGCCAAAUGUACAACACUGACUCAUCAUAAAUGUGGUGCUGCUAUUCGACAAACCAGUUUUAGCAGGGAUAGCAGCAUUCUUAUAGCUGUUUGUGAUGAUGCCAGUAUUUGGCGCUGGGAUCGACUUCGGUGAAACUCUUCUUUCCAAUCAAAAUUAGAAUGUGUUGUCUGUGUAAAGUAGAAUUAAUGUAUCUUGCUAGUAAGGGCACAUAGAGCAUUUAGAAUUGUAUUUCAGCAUUUCAAUCAGGCUGAGCUGAAUGUAGUGAUGUUUACAUUGUUUACAUUCUUUGUACUGUCUUCCUGCUCAGACUCUA